AUGAUAUUCUCGCUUGUUGACGACCUGAGAAGCCUCAUUAUUUCUCUUGCUGAUUCAGUAUCCGGGUUCAUGAUUAGUAGCUUUUAUAUUAUAAUUAUUAGAAAAGAUCAUGGUUGUAUAUUGGGAAUGGUAAAUCAGUGGUUUCCCCUUGCCUUCUGCAUCGCAGUUGCACCUCUUAUUCCUAAGAGGUGCUAUUCAAGCAUAGAUAAGUCUAUGCUUAAUACAAUGCCCAUUUUGUGGUCCAUUUGGUCGCCUUUUACGACUGGCAUGGACUACCGUUGGUGUAUUGUAAUGUAG